UGUAGAUAGUGAAAAUUCAAGAUUUGAUUCAAGCUCUCAAGAUUCAAAUUGUAGUGAAAGUCAUAGUGACAUUGAUGAAGAGCAACCUUUACAAUUUGCUAAUGAUAACGAAAGGGGCCAGUAUGUGGUCAGAAUUUUGCGUGAAUGGGUUCGAGAAGGAGGCAUUAUAUCAAUGCGGAAGCUUGAUUCUUUACUUGCGAAGUUUCAUCGUGCGUUCCCUAAUGUACCACUUAGUUACAAGACACUUUUGCAAACUCCAAACCAAAUUUAUAUAAAUGAGGUUAAUGGCGGAGAGCUAUGGUAUAAAGGGAUAGCUUCCAACUUAGAUCUAAUGAAUUUAGACGAAUAUCUAGAAAAUUAUUCUGAAAUUUUCAUUGACAUUAACAUUGAUGGCCUUCCCUUAUUUAAAAGUACUUCAGAAAGAUUUUGGCCCAUCCUUGGACAACUUGUAACAUCAAAAAGUGAACCUUUUAUCAUAGCUAUUUUCAAAGGAAAUCGAGAUCCUGAUAUGAAUGACUUGUUCAAUGAAUUUGUGAGAGAGAUGGUUGAUUUACAUAGAAAUGGAUAUGUACGAAAUGGUGUGACCUACAAAUUGUCAAUUAGACAUUAUAUUUUGGAUGCACCUGCUCGAGCCAAGGUAAAAGCUUGCAUUGAACAUGGUGGCUAUUGUGCCUGUGAGAAAUGUGAAGUAGUUGGAGAGUAUAUUGAUAAUAGAAUGACUUAUAUGGAACUCGAUGAAACUCUCAGGACAGAUCAGUCCUUCCUUAAUCAGGAGCAACCUUAUCAUCAUACUGGCCGUUCACCAUUGGAAGUGAUUGAAGCUGGUUUAGUUUCCCAGUUUCGUUUGGAUAGUCUUCAUUUGGUGUACCUUGGUGUUUUUAAACGAUUAAUUCUGGCUUGGAAAAAAUGGAAUGGACCUUGGAAGUUACGUCACAAUACAAUAGAAAAUAUGUCUCAGAA